CCUUCUUUUCUUCUUCUUUUUAGCUUGCGGCUGAGCGUUUAGCAUUGACGGUGUUGAUCUGGGUGGCCACGCAUGAUUGCAAAGGCUGCGGGAUUUCGACCAUGGCGAUCCGGUAUCAUACAGUGCUGGGGGCACUGCUUUUUCUUGGCGGAGUGGCAAUGAUCUACCGCAUCACGCUGAACCACGCGGCAUGCCCAACGCCGGAGCCUGUUGUGGUGCAUGAGGUUGUGCGUGAGUUUGUCAAUGUGUCUCGGGCACCCGUGGUGCAAACUGCGGCUGCAGCCAAGGGCGCUGAGGGGGAGGCAUCGGCAGCCGCGCUCGCACGGGCGCAGCAACUACUCGCCGCCCAGGGCAAACUGAUCGAGAAGCAGAGUCGGGAGAUUGCCGACCUCAAGGAACAGUACCAGCGCCAAGCGUCUGACCGUGCGGGAGCACUUCCGCCAGCCGCUCAGACAAAGACCGAUCACAUCCAGAUUCGCCCCAAGAGCGACCAGCCAACCAUUCUCGUGCUCACGCCCAUGCGCCAGCGCGAGCAAAAGCUGGACCGUUAUUUUCGCAACCUCGAGGGCCUCGACUAUCCCAAACAUCUCAUCUCUGUGGCCAUUUUGACGGGCGACAACACCGACCAAACCGAGCCGAUGCUUCUUAAAAAACUCAACACGAUGACAGAGUACCGCCGCACAAUGCUCGUACGCUAUGAUAUGUCUUACAAGUUGUCGCAGGCGGCACGGCAUGCUCUGGGCGAGCAAGAGCGCCGGCGUGCCAAUCUCGCGGUGGUGCGCAACAUACUUUUGACUGUUGCGCUUCGAGAUGAGGACUGGGUGCUUUGGAUCGAUAGCGAUCUCGAUUCCUUCCCGGCCAAUACUCUAAACCGGUUGUUGUCAGCCAAGCGAGAUCUGGUGGCACCGCAUAUUGUUUUGCCGCAGGAAGGUCGUACCUACGAUCUCAACUCGUGGGCAGAAACCAAGGAGAGCCUAGCUCGCCAGAAAAACCUGCCCAAGGAUGCGCUCCUUUUGGAAGGCUACCCCGGUCAGGAUAACCGACGGAAGCACAUGAACGACUUUGGUGGCCAAGAGAUUGUGGAUUUAGAUGGCGUGGGCGGAGCCAUGCUGCUCGUACGCGGCGCCGCUCACCGUGCCGGCCUCAUCUUUCCCACUUUUGUAUUUGAGCACCAGAUUGAAACUGAGGGCCUGGGCCGUAUGGCCAAGGCCAUGGGCUUGUCGGUCGUCGGCAUGCCCAACGUCAAGGUGUACCAUCCCAUCAACCAGUUCUCCAAGUGUGAUCACCAUUACACUUUGGCCCUCUCUCAAGAGAGUAUCUGCGCUCUCUCUGCUCUCUCUCUUCGCUCUCCUCUUCACUACUGUACUCUCUCCUCUUCACUCUCUCCUCUUCACUCUCUUCUCUUCCUCUCUCUCGCCUCUCUCUCUUCUCUCUCCCUCUUCUCUCUCUCUCUUCUCUCUCUCUCUCUCUCUUCUCUCUCUCCUCUCUUGUGUCUUUUUCUUCAUACACACACGUGGAAGGUUGGUCACGCUCUUCUUCUCUCUCUCUGUCUCUCUGUCUCUCUCUCUCUCUCUCUCUUCUCUCUGAACGUCUGGAUGGCUGACACCGAAGAUCACAAUGUUGAGAUGUGGAAGAUCAAGAAGCUCAUCAAGAGCUUGGAAGCUGCCCGCGGCAACGGUACCAGCAUGAUCUCCCUCAUCAUUCCCCCAAAGGAUCAGGUGGCUCGCGUUCAAAAGAUGUUGGCCGACGAGUACGGCACGGCCUCCAACAUCAAGAGCCGCGUCAACCGUCUCUCCGUGCUUGGUGCCAUUACCUCCGUGCAGCAGCGCCUCAAGCUCUACACCAAGGUUCCCCCCAAUGGUCUGGUCGUCUACUGUGGUACCAUCAUGACGGAUGAGGGCAAGGAGAAGAAGGUCAACAUUGAUUUUGAACCCUUCAAGCCCAUCAACACCUCCCUCUACCUCUGCGACAACAAGUUCCACACUGAAGCUCUCAGCUCCCUGCUCGAGGACGACUCCAAGUUUGGCUUCAUUGUCAUGGAUGGUAAUGGUUCGCUCUUUGGUACCCUGAGUGGCAACACCCGUGAUGUUCUGCACAAGUUCACCGUCGACCUGCCCAAGAAGCACGGUCGUGGUGGUCAGUCCGCUGUGCGUUUCGCGCGUUUGCGUAUGGAAAAGCGUCACAACUACGUUCGCAAGGUGGCCGAAGAAGCCGUCCGUCUCUUCAUCACCAACGACAAGAUCAACGUCUCGGGUCUGAUUCUGGCCGGUUCGGCCGAUUUCAAGACGGAGCUGUCACAAUCAGGCAUGUUCGACCAGCGUCUUGCAGAGAAGAUUAUCAACAUUGUUGAUGUGUCCUACGGUGGCGAGAACGGCUUCAACCAGGCCAUCGAGCUUUCCACCGAUGUCCUCUCCAACGUCAAGUUCAUCGCCGAGAAGAAGCUCAUUGCCAGCUACUUUGAUGAAAUCUCGCAAGACACGGGCAAAUAUUGCUUUGGCGUCGAGGACACCAUGAAGGCUCUCGAAAUGGGUGCUGUCGAAACGCUGAUGGUGUGGGAGAACCUCGAGACCAUGCGUUAUGAGCUCAAGAACCCAGACGGUCAGGUGGAGGUCAAGUUUCUCCGCCCUGAUCAAGAGACCGAUGCCUCUCACUUCCAGGACAAGGAUGGCCAAGACCUCGAGACGAUUGACAAGAUGCAGCUGCUCGAGUGGAUGGCCAACCAUUACCGCGAGUUUGGCACCGUUCUGGAGAUUGUGACGGAUCGUUCCCAAGAGGGUUCGCAGUUCUGCCGUGGCUUUGGUGGUAUCGGCGGUUUGCUGCGGUACCGAGUUGACUUCCAAGCCAUGGAGUUUGAUGAGGAUGAGUUUGCGGAUGCGGACCUCGAUGAUUACUUUUAGUUGUGCGCGCGAUCGUCACGCCCGGGAUUAGCCACGGGCGUUCCGAUCGCCCGCGAGCCGCCCUUCGGGCGCAACCCAAUCUGUUGUUGUGUGUUUUGUUUUUUGUUUUGUUUUGUCGUGUGUUUCCUCUGCCGUGUUGCUGGCUUUGUUUCACCUUUCCUUUCUUUUUUUUUUUCCCUUUUUUCUUUGUUUCCUUCGUAUGCCAAAGUGCCUGGGGGCCCCUCCCCGGUGCCUGAUGGGCUUGAUGGAAUGCAUCGUGGUUCAAGCAUAUUUUUCUUUUGAUCGACACACGUCAUGCAGCCUGAGACUCUUUGUUCACAAUUCAAGGUCAAAAGAGU